ACUUGGUGUUCUGUAAAAUCGGCUGAUAUCUCGUGGUGGAGAAUAACAACAUUUUAGAUUAUUUUGGUUUGGUCUUAUAUAAAUUUUGGUUGUAUUGAGUUAACGUGAUUAUGAUCAAUAACUGUAUGAAAUCAAUAACCAGAUGGAAGCCCUUAAGUGGAUGUUGGAAUAUUUUGGAGAAAACAAAUCGAAGUUUUGCAUCCUUCACCAUAAAAGAUAUCCUUUAUGAAACCUCCGACGAAGCCGGUACUCUUCUUACACGCUUCGCAAAACAUGUUGCAAUCGAGAGACAAAAAAUAUGUGAAGAGAUUCCUACAAAGGUCCAAUAUGCAGAUUAUUUUCCCGUUAGCGACAUAAGGUAUUUUCAAAGGGAACUUUCAAAAACUCCAACGAAUCAAUUGGCCUCAGUAAUUGUAUUUGCUUCGUCGUAUCGUCCAAAUGCCGAUCCCGGAAAGUUUGCCAUAAUUCUUAACGAAAUGGAUAAAUUUGCAAUGGAAAAUGUGGAAAAAAUGGAUGCGGAUACUAUAUUGAGAACGCUUUACUCGUUUUUGUUCCUUAUACCUAACUGGAUGACAAAACUGGAUUUUUAUACAGCAGCUAUGAAGAAUCUACUUCGAAAUGCCCAAAAGGAUUGCGAAUCUAAAGAAUUAUUUAUUCAAACGUGCUUCUAUUUCGGACUAUCUAAAAAUUUGUCCCGAGGAAAUCUUGCGAAUUCAUGGAAAUUGUUUGUGGAAGCGCAUCUAAGCCGAUUUUUGCCGCAAAUGGGAGUGCUUGAUUUAGCCUUAGUUGCUAGUGCAAUUUACAAGACUUCAACUAAAAUUGAGAAUGAAAACUUCAAUCAACGUUUGGUCGAUGGGGUUCUUUCGUUUUCAUUGGCAGAGGGUGGAAAUGAUGCUCUUUUAAUUACUUUCAUAAAGUCGCUCCGAUUCCAACGAGUGAAUUCGACAGACGUAUGCAAGCAUCUUACUAAUAUUUGCACAAAUCCCAAUAAACUACGUCAGUUUCAACCCCGCGGUCAAAUUCACAUGUUCGCCUUUUUCGCUGAUAACUUGUGGGAUAAUUCUGCAGCUGCCAAUACACUUGUUGAUGAAUUCAUUCGGAAUUUAAAAAUGCCACCCAAGAACACAUAUGCCGAUAGAGUAAGGGGUAAAGACAUAGCAAGUUUUCUGUGGUGUUGUUCCCAGCUGAACUAUAGGAUGUCUAGAGAACAGUUUUGUGUGGUGGAAGAUAACUUGUUAGAGAAAGUGCAAAAAAACGAGUUUGUUUAUUUCCCAGAUCAACUAGUGGAGUCGUGUCUGUCGCUAUGGAUACUUGGUUUUAAAUCAAAAGAAUUAUUGCAUCAUGCCGUUUCCCUCAAGCUGCAAGCUCAGUCAAAACGACAUCAACCGAAAGUGGACAGUCGUCUAACGGUUCUAUUAUCGGCCGCGCAUAUUGAAGAACCCACUUGGUGCUCAAGCCUACCAAAAAGUUUUAAAUCCUUUGAUUUGAACUCUGCAGUACCCCAAUACCUUUUGAACACUAGUAUACCGUAUCAAGCAAUAAUUUCCCAAUUGUGUGAAAGCGAAAAGGUUUCAUCGGUUAAAAUUGCUUGUCCUAUUAGUGGUAUUAAUAUCCCAGGUUUAGUAGUGAAAACAUCUACUUCUAAUACACCUUUCUUUGUUGAAUUUAUGACGGAAUCCCAGACACUGUUAACUAGUAGACAACCUGUGGCAAUAUUAAGGUUAAAAAUACAGCUACUGCAAUCAAUGGGUCACAAAGUUAGAGUGCUGACGCCAGAAGAUUUGGUAAACCCCCUAGAUGAAAACGACAUUUUAGACAUCGAAACAAAUGCCGAACUCAGCAGAAAUAGUAUAAAAUCAUAAAGGAUUGUGGUUUAACUUACAAAUCCAGAAUAACAAGUGUAAAUUAAUAUUAAGCCAAAUUAUUAGUAAAUAAUAAAAGUGCAAUUAUCACUUAGUA